AUGUCGGACGAUCUCGAGAAGGAUACGAACGUCGCUACCCUCCCACAGGAGAAUGCGCCGGCGCCGAAGCCGCCGCAUUUCCCCGAGGGUGGGUUCAAGGCGUGGAUGGCCGUGUUGUCGUGUUGGUGUGUCAUGUUUAAUACGUUUGGGUAUAUCAAUGCGUUUGGAAUCUACGAGGCCUACUACAGCAAUACGUUCUUGAAAAACGAGAGCGACUCCAACAUCGCCUGGAUCGGCUCAAUUCAAGCCUUUUUCAUGUUCAGCGCCGGGUUGAUCUCGGGUCCGUUGAUGGAUCGCUAUGGCCCUAGAGUCAUCUUGAUCCCGUUCUCGCUCCUGUUUAUUCUCUCAGUCAUGUUUAACAGUCUUUGCACGGAAUAUUGGCAGUUCAUCCUUGCUCAGGGCAUCUUUGGUGGCUUUGUGAAUGGGCUCACCUACACGCCGACGCUCGCGGCUGUGAACCAGUAUUUCUUUAAGAGGCGCCCCCUGGCGAUGGGUAUUGCUUCUUCGGGCUCAUCGCUCGCGGGUGUUAUCUUUCCGAUCGCGCUGAACCGUAUGCUGAACGAGUCGAAUCUCGGGUUUGGGUGGUCGGUGAGGAUUGUUGGUUUUCUCAUGCUGGCUCUCAGCGUCAUUGCCUGUCUGUCAGUUUCAUCGCCAGCUCCGAAGCGGAAAUCCGGCACGCUCUUCAUCGGAGACGCGUGGCGGCAUCCUGCGUACUCGUUCCAGGUAGCGGGGCUCUUCUUCAUUAUCUGGGCGCUUUUCGUUCCCUUUUUCUACAUCCCUAGCUAUGCGCAGUCUAUCGGGAUCGACGUCAACCUGUCCAACUACCUGAUCUCUAUUUCCAACGCCGGAUCUUUUGUCGGACGACUCCUCAGUGGUGCACUCGCCAACCGCAUCGGCAGGUUCAACACCCUUGUCGCUUCGUCCGCGAUCUGUGGCAUCUUGAUCCUCUGCUGGAUGGCUAUCGAGUCGCUUGCCGGGAUGGUUGUCUUCAGUAUCCUGUUCGGUUUCUUUUCGGGCAAUGUCAUCGGGAUGUUCACGGGGACUAUCGCUUUGACUGCUCCCCGGCCUAAUGUUAUCGGAUCGUACAUGGGAAUGGCGCUGGGAGUGCUCAGUCUGGCGAGUUUGACGGGGACGCCGAUCACGGGGGCAAUGAUCAACACGUAUGGGAAUUAUAAUGCGGCGCUGAUCUUUGCGGGGAUAUUAAUUCCGCAAACAAAUGUGAAACGUGUAUGCCACGGAUCUUAUCCUCAAUCAAGCCUCAUGCAAGACAUUCGCGUGGAGAGUGCAGGAGAGCUAACCGAUGCAGAACAACGUAAGAUGAAGCUCGGACUCGCUGGGGAUGAUCGAAAGAACGUUUGUGGGGUAAUGAGGGUCAUAGCGCCGGUGCGCUGGAUGUGCUGA